AUGUCUGAAGGUGCAGUGCGGCAACUUUCCAUUCCAGCCUCUUGGGUGCACACAGACUUACAGAAGCUACGACUUCGACUUGAGAGGGUCGCUGUGACAGUGCAGAUCAAGGAGCUGGAGGAUCAUCGACGGUAUGUGGAGUCGCAGGUUGGCGCCGUAGAGCGACGCACCAGUCGCCAACGCUUUCGUAUAGAGCAGCUGACUAAGGAGCUGCAGAGCCUGACGGCAGAGCUGGCGCCAGAACUGACACUCCUCGAAGAGGGCCAUCACAUUGCAGAGGGGAUGCGGAACCAGCUCCACUACCAGAAGAUGAUUAGUCGAGCUUACUCUUCCUACAGCGGUGAAGUCACUGGUUUAUCGCCUACAAGCAGCGUAGGCACAGUGGAUCUACAGAUUUCCAUGGUCUGCCCCCUCUCUGUGCAGGGGCUCUCUCUCCUUCCCCGCUGCGUUGCCAACGCUGCUCGACCGAAGGCCGCGGAUGUGGAUGCGUUUCUAUGGCGUUAUGCCCCGCUCUUUCAGUGGAAUGAGGAGGAGCAAGCGGUAAAGCCGCCCUUCUUCUUCGAUGAGCCCUGCCUCAUGGAGCGUGGAACUGAUGGGAGUCUGAGCGCGUCCGAGGAGAGUGGCGUCCUUGGCGCAGUAGUGUGUCGCAACGCGGCAUGCCCGUACUGGCACCGCGAUCAGCUUACCCACGUCAAGAUGGCAGUAAAGGUCUUUCUAGACUCCGUGCGUUGCCAGUCGGUGCUCGAUGAGCACCUGUGCGCCGUCACCCACACGACUGCUUGCCUGGCGCGUCAUACAUAUCACGCGGACUCCAUCUCGUUAGUCUGCGCCCUACUCUGCGAGGUGCUGCAGACGUUAAUCGCGACUGGCCUGCAUGUGAGGCUUCUUACGGGCAAGCAGUCGACACGCGCGAUGAUGAGUGCACCCACUGUGAAGGCGACGGACGUGCCGCGCGCCGCGCCUUCCCGCGGAGCACUUUUACGGCGCGCCGAGGAGGUGGAGCGCUGGGGCGCCGUUGAGCAGCAGCAACGGCAGCACUCUCUCAGCAUCGACCCUUUCCCGCUAGCUACUGCAGCUGCUGUACAGUUCCAGUUACAUCCAACUUCCCUGUCGUGGCGGUGCAUGCUGGCCGCCGUGGAGGACGUUUCACAGCGGCGCUGGCUGGGACGUCAGGGCGUGGAGCUGUUUCCGAGCUCUCCAGAGUUGCAUCUUCAGUACGUACUCGCGGUACUGAGCAGCGGCGGCGGCGUUGCUGAGGUGGUUGAGUCUUGCCUCGCAGCCUGCCGCACUCUUUCUGCUCAGGCAGCAGCCUCUGUGGUGGCAGGUCUGGACUGUGGACAGUACGCCACCAGUGUGGCACGACAUGUUGCGUACUUCCUCGCUCGCGUGUUUGUGCACGUGGCGCAGGCGGACACGGCGACGGCUUUGGCAUUUCUGGCGCCUCUUUUGAGCUCGGACGCGGAGGCAGGCGUGGCUGCCCUUCUUCUACCGUUGGCGCGUCAGAACUUGACACUGCUGAUGGUGGCACUGCGCCGCACCGGCCACCUUAACUACGCCAAGUUUCUUCCUCUCGCUGCCAUCUCCGACAUAGCCCUGGAGCUGUCACCACCCGAUGGCGCUAACCCAUCGGAGAGUGGUCGCGACGCACUGUAUGCAUCGUUGAAGCUGGUGACGUCGUACAAGCGUGACCACUUCGAUGCGCAGCUUGUGAGCUCCUGUGACGCGGCGCUGCAGAUUAGCCUCCUGAGAACCUUUUCCUACCGACUGGCUUACAUCGAGCGUGUUGUGGAGAAGACGGUGCCGGAGUCGCCGCUAUCGCAGGCCGUUCUGUACAGCGAGUACGUCGAUGCGGUUGCUCAGCAGCAGUCAGUGCAUGCUGCAGUACUCGUCGCCGACGCGCUCGCGCGCAACGAAGGGGCCUCGUGUACGCUGAUACUGUUACUUCGAGGACGCCUCCGCAUGUGGGGUGCGUCCCUCUCGCCGGACGCGCAGAACGUUGUGUUGGAGUUCUGUACAGCGAACCAUCUUUCCCUCGACGAGCUCGGUGAUCCGUCGCACCUCCGGGAUGCCUUUCAGCAGCCUUCUUUCUCGCGCUCCUCGCCUGUUGAAUGGGUGUGCGCGUACGCCCUCCACGUGAUGUGGACAUCGGGUGACGAGGCUGCUGCAGAGUCGGUAUGGGAGAGGAUGAACGCGCUGCCUGUGGAGUUGCUCAUCCACGAUGCAGUGGCUACCGCCUUCUGCUUUCACAUUCUCCUGCAGCUCAGUGGGGAGGCUCGCAGCGCGACUCUCUUCCACCGCACCGUGCGCCGAUGUCUUUCCCUAUUUCUCGAAGCACACCUCCUCAGCUGGAGCGCACUGGAGGGGUCAGCGGGGGAUAUGAUCGGGCUGCCUCACUAUCUGAGUCUCUGCAUCUACCAAGAUGUGCCACUGCUCUUGGGCCCUAGCACAGGCGACACGUUCGCAUGGCGCUGCCUUGUCCUGGAAGUGGCUGCAAGCUUGGGUGUUCUUCAUCCUCUUUUGGUGGAUGACUAG